GAGUGUUUUUCUUAAGCUGAUCAACAUGAUCCUGUUGGUUUUCUUCUCGCUUCUCGCGUGUCUCCAUGUGACUGUCACAAGUGCCGCCUCUAACUUGGUCUGCUAUUAUGACUCAGCCAGCUAUACACGUGAAGGUCUAGGCAAGUUCUUGAAUUCAGACUUGGAUGUCGCUCUACAGUUCUGUUCCCAUUUGGUGUACGGAUAUGUUGGCAUUCGGAACGACAACUAUCAGGCGCAGAGUUUGAAUGAAAAUCUGGACAUUUAUAAGCAUCAGUAUUCCGAAGUGACGGCCUUAAAAAGCAAGCAUCAACACUUGAAGGUGCUACUGAGUGUGGGCGGUGAUCAUGACAUCGAUGCGGAUCAUCCGGAUAAGUAUAUCGAGCUGCUCGAAGGGGGAAAACUUCGACAGGCUGGAUUUAUUCAGUCAGCCUACUCUCUGGUUAAGAACUAUGGCUUUGAUGGCCUUGAUCUAGCAUAUCAGUUCCCUCGAAACAACCCUAGAAAGGUGCACAGCUUUCUGGGAUCGGCUUGGAAUAGUUUUAAGAAUCUUUUUACUGGCGAUUUCAUUGUGGACACCAACGCAGCCCUGCACAAGGAACAAUUUACGGCAUUUGUUCGUGAUGUAAAGGAUGCGUUACGUCCAGAUGGAUUAAUGCUGACCUUGACUGUGCUUCCAAAUGUCAACUCUACGUGGUACUUUGACAUUCCCGCUCUAAAUGGCCUCGUUGACUUUGUGAAUCUUGCCGCCUUUGAUUUUCUUACACCCGCCCGGAAUCCCGAGGAAGCUGACCAUACGGCGCCAUUGUACGAUUCGGCCACACAGAAUCGACUUCCCCAUUACAAUGCCGACUUCCAAGUGCAAUAUUGGUUGCAGGAAGGAUUUCCCUCGAAUAAGCUCAAUUUGGGAGUGGCCAGCUAUGGAAAUGCUUGGAAACUAACCGCCGAAUCCGACAUAGGAGGCACACCGGUAGUGCCACACACGGAGGGUGCUGCUCCGGAAGGUCUGCAAUCCCAAAAGGCUGGACUGCUCAGCUUUCCAGAGAUCUGUGCCAAGCUGGUGAAUCCACAAAAUGAGUUUUUAAAGGGCAAUGACUCGCCAUUGGGACGUGGAUGCGAUCCAGUGAAACGUUAUGGAUCCAUCGCAUUCCGAGCUGUAGACGAGUCCGUAACUGAGGGCAUCUGGAUAAGCUAUGAAGAUUUUGAAUCGGCAUCCAACAAGGCGGUCUAUGCACGCGUCAAGAAUUUGGGUGGUGUGGCUCUAUUCGAUCUGGGAUACGAUGAUUUCCGUGGUUUAUGCACCGGUGACAAGUUUCCACUAUUGCGCUCCAUAAAAUAUCGAUUGUACUUAAAUGUCGAUCUCGAGUUCCACUUCAAGGACAUUACGCUAUUGCGCUCAAAAUUCCCGCAGCUGAAGGUGCUCUUGAGUGUCGGUGGCGAUCGCGAUGUGGAUCAAUCGGAAUCGAAUAAAUAUAUAGCUUUGCUGGAGGCAAAUCGUACGGCAGAUCAACACAAGGGACAGUUUACAGACCUUGUGGUGAAUCUCAAAACCGCAUUUCAGAGCGCUAAUCUAAUGCUGACCAUGACUGUACUGCCCAACGUAAACUCAACUUGGUAUUUUGAUGUUCCCAAAUUACAUAAUCACUUGGACUAUAUAAAUCUGGCAGCAUUUGAUUUCCUAACACCCCUUCGCAACCCCGACGAGGCUGAUUACACUGCGCCAAUAUUCUUUUUGGACGAGCAAGAGCGUCUGCCCCAUCUUAAUAUUGAGUUCCAGUUAAACUAUUGGGUGCAGAAUCAUUGUCCACCUAAAAAGCUGCAUUUGGGCAUUGCCAGCUAUGGACGCGCCUGGAAACUCAGCAAAGACUCUGGCUUAAGCGGAUUGCCAGUGGUACCACAUACAUGUGGAGCCGGUCAAGGUGGACUGCAAAUUGCCAGCACCGAAGGUUUGCUAAGCUGGCCGGAAAUUUGCUCGAAAUUGCCACUGAAUCAAACAACUGUCUAUCGUGGUGCCAAUGCGCCCCUUCGCAAGGUCACCGAUCUCACGCAGAAAUAUGGAAACUAUGCACUACGCCCAUCUGAUGAAAAUGGCGAUCAUGGAAUGUGGGUGAGCUACGAUGAUCCCGACUUUGCGGGCAUCAAGGCAACCUAUGCCAAGAGCAGGGGACUCGGCGGUGUUGCCCUCUUCGAUUUGAGCUACGAUGAUUUCCGUGGCCUUUGCACGCAAGAGAAGUUUCCCAUUGUUCGAUCAAUCAAAUAUUUUCUGGCUUAACUAAUAACUGUGCCAUGCCUUCUAUCCAAUGAACUAAUUAUAAAAAUAAUAAAAGUGCAUGCAAAAUCUUAAUUUACGCAAUUAAUAGAUUGCCAGGGAAAUUGUAAAUAAAAACUUGACUUCAUUCGA